AUGUAUGAUUAUGGAUCUGCUGAAUCUAAUGAAGAACAUUAUAAUGGAAGUUUACAGCUCAUUAAAACUAAGGGCUAUCCUGGUGAAGAAUACAAUGUUACUACUAGUGAUGGAUAUAUUCUUACAAUGCAAAGAAUACCAUAUGGCAGAAAGGGAAAUACAAAUGGUACUAAACCAGUCAUUUUCUUACAACAUGGUCUACUUUGUUCAAGCACUAACUGGCUCUCUAAUGGAAUAGAGGAUAGCUUUGCAUUUCUCUUAGCUGAUGCUGGCUUUGAUGUUUGGAUGGGUAAUGUCAGAGGUAAUACAUAUUCCAGACAUCAUGUUAAAUUGAAUCCAGACAAAGACAAACGAUUUUGGGAAUUCAGUUUUGAUGAACAUUCACUAAUUGAUCUUCCAUCUAUGAUUGACUUUGCACUCUCAAUCUCAGCCAAGAAACUUUAUUAUGUUGGACAUUCUCAGGGUACAAUGAUGGGAUUUGCUGGAUUUUCACACAAUCAGACGCUUGCAUCAAAAAUCAUAGAGUUUUAUGCUCUAGCUCCAGUUACUACUAGUCGUAUACCUAUAUAUUUGGGUCAUACUCCAGCUGGGACCUCAGUUCAAAAUGUGAUUCACGGUCUCAGGUAUCUAAAAUCUGGUAAGUUUCAGAUGUAUGAUUAUGGAUCUGCUGAAUCUAAUGAAGAACAUUAUAAUGGAAGUAGUACACCUCCUUUUUAUGAUGUCACUAAGUUAACAGUACCUACUUUUCUAUUCUCUGGCAGUCAGGUGCUAGCUGAUCCACAAGAUGUUGCUGAAUUGAUUCCAAAGAUUCAGGAGUCAUAA